AGUUUUGGGCACAAUUGCGCUUGCAAGUCCCACCGUUGAAAGAUCACUUUUUAAAAUGUCGGUUUCGGAUCUGAUUGGUGCCAUUGAGGCCAUCCCUAAAAUCACAGUAUCUACAGUAUCUCCUGAGACUAGUUCGGUUUUCCUGGAUGCCCCCGAAUGGCUAACGGAAAGCUAUCUGCAGGAUGCCCUGCGAAAGUACUACAAGGAUCAGAGGAUCAGGAUCAACUGGGUUAGGGUUAAUCCUGCAUUGGGGAAGGGCGAAAACUACGGUGGAGUUUUGACCCGCGUGAAGGCUCAGUUUACACGCAGCGAUGGUUCGACCCAACUGGGUCACUACAUUGUAAAGUCCACCUUCGAGGGCAACGAGUUUGCCCAGAAUACCAUGGAACCAUAUGACAUCUUCAAUAGGGAGAUGACCAUCUAUGAGCAGGUUCUGCCCAAACAGAAGGCACUGCUCCAAGAGAUUGGCGAUGCCGAGCAGAUCUUUGCCGAGACUAUGGCCGUGGAUAUUGAUAACACAGCUUUGAUUUUCGAGGAUCUGAAUGCUCGUGGCUUUGUGAUGCCAGAUCGUUUGGUGGGAUUGGACCUGAAGCUAGCCCGAAUGGUGCUCCGAAAGUUGGCCAAGAUGCAUGCCACCUCGGCGGUUUUAAAUGAGCGUGAGGAUGGAAGUUUGGAGGGUUAUGAUAGAGGGUUCUUUAAUCGGUACACUGAGAACUAUGCGCCUGCCUUCGUUGGCAUGUUUCAGGCGGCCACUCGUCGUGUGGCCCAAUGGCCAGGAUAUGAGAAGUAUGCCGAGAAAAUGGAGGCUCUAGUGCCCAUCUACAUGGAACUGGGGAAGCGAAUCUUUGACAUCACCCCAGGUCACAUCAAUGUUCUGGCCCAUGGCGAUCUUUGGACCAAUAAUGUGCUGGUCAAGUACGACAAGGAAACGGGGGAGCCCAUGGAUGUCAUUAUCAUUGACUUUCAAUACACGGCUUGGGGAUCGCCAGCUCUCGAUCUUUUCUACUUCCUGAACACCUCCCUCGAGUUUGACCUGCAUCAGAACAAUCAGGAGCAGCUGAUUGCCUACUAUUUCGGCAUUUUUACGGACACCUUGAGGAAGCUGCAGUACCAGGCUAGAGUUCCCAGUUUGCAUCAGUUCCACCAGCAAUUGCAGCAGAAGAAGUUCUAUGCUGCCCACACCUCCAUCUCGGUGUUUCCUAUCCAGCGAAAUGUGGAGACUGCAGAUGCCGAUUUCAAUGCUCUAAUGGAAAACAACCAGCGAGCCAUAAACUUCAAGAAUGCCUGCUAUAAGAAUCCGGUUUCUCAGAGGAUUUUAAGGGAACUCCUGCCCGGUUUUGUUGCAGAAGGAUUGCUCGAUGUAUAUCAAUAAUAGAUCAUAUAAUACCUGUGCUUUAAAGUGCACAAUAGACCAAAAUGUACAUAGAAUAAUAUUAGACAAAUUAUAUACUAUAGGUUAAAUAAUGUAAUCACAAUUGUAAACUGUAUCAAAAGUAUUAUAAAUAUUCAUAAUAAAACUAUAAUAGUAUUU